AUGGGUCGACAUAUGUCGAAUAAAAUUCGAUGCACCUUCUCUGAUGGAAAUUCGGGAUUCUUACGAGCAGCACGAGCAGGAAACCUUGAGAAGGUAUUGGAAUUUCUUCGUUCAUCAAUUGAUAUUAAUACAAGCAAUGCUAAUGGAUUAAAUGCAUUACAUUUAGCAUCAAAAGAGGGUCAUGUAAAUAUUGUUCAAGAGCUUCUUUCACGUGGUGCCAAUGUUAAUGCAGCGACAAAGAAAGGCAAUACUGCUCUCCAUAUUGCAUCAUUGGCUGGACAGGAAGAAGUUGUCAAACUUUUAGUUAAAUACAAUGCUAAUAUUAAUUGUCAAUCUCAAAAUGGUUUCUCUCCUUUGUAUAUGGCUGCACAGGAGAAUCAUAUCGAAGUAGUCAAAUUUCUGCUCGCUAAUGGCGCUAAUCAAAGUUUAGCUACAGAGGAUGGUUUUACACCUUUGGCUGUUAGUCUUCAACAAGGCCAUGAUAAAGUAGUAGCUAUUCUUUUAGAAAAUGAUUCAAAAGGUUCAAAAGUACGUCUACCAGCAUUACAUAUUGCCGCAAAGAAAAAUGAUACUAAAGCUGCUGCCUUACUUUUACAAGGUGAAAGUCAACCGGAUCUUAACUAUAAGUCCGGAUUUACUCCAUUACAUAUCGCAGCUCACUAUGGAAAUUUGGAAGUGGCACAAUUAUUAAUUACUCGUGGUGCUGAUGUCAAUUAUGCUGCCAGUCAAAAUAUAACACCAUUACAUGUAGCAUCGAAAUGGGGCAAAGAAAAUAUUGUCAAAUUGCUACUUGAAAAAGGUGCACAAAUUGAUGCUAAAACAAAAGAUGGCCUUACACCACUUCAUUGUGCUGCACGAUCAGGUCAUGAUCAAGUAGUUGAUUUAUUACUUGAAAGUGGUGCCCCAUUUGGUGCAAAAACUAAAAAUGGUCUCUCAGCACUUCAUAUGGCCGCACAAGGUGAUCAUGUUGAUGCUGCACGUAUUUUACUUUAUUAUAAAUCGACAUUGGUCGAUGACGUUAGUUCGGAUUAUCUUUCGGCUUUACAUGUUGCAUCACAUUGUGGAAAUUAUAAUGUUGCUAAACUUCUAUGUGAACGUCGUGCUGAUGUUAAUGCUAAAGCAUUAAAUGGUUUUUCAUGUUUACAUAUAGCAUGUAAAAAAAAUCGUUUAAAAUUAGUUGAAUUAUUAAUAGCUAAUGAUGCUGAUAUUGAAGCUCGAACAGAAUCAGGUUUAACUAGUUUACAUGUUGCAGCAUUUGUUGGUAGUCAUGAUAUUGUUGUUUAUUUAUUACAACAUGAAGCUAAUAUUGAUGCAACAACAAUUCGUGGUGAAACACCAUUACAUUUAGCAACACGUAAUAAUCAAGUUGAUAUUGUUCAAACAUUACUUCAUUAUGGUGCAACAGUUGAUGCUAAAGCCAAAGAAGCACAAACGUGUUUACAUUUAGCAACACGUUUGGGAAAUAUUGAAAUAGUUAAUUUAUUAUUAAAAGCUAAUGCAUUUGUUGAUAGUGAAACAAAAGAUGGAUAUUCAAGUUUACAUAUUGCUGCUAAAGAAGGACAUGAAGAAAUAGCUAGUUUAUUAAUUGAUCAUGGAGCUAAUUUAAAUUUAUUUACUAAAAGAAAUUUUUCAGCAUUACAUAUCUGUAGUAAAUAUGGUAAUAUUAAAGUUGCUAAUCUUCUUUUACAAAAAGGAGCUACACCUGAUAUUCAAGGCAAAAAUGAUUUAACACCAUUACAUUGUGCUGUUCAUUAUAAUCAUAGUAAUAUUGCACUUCUUUUAUUACAACAUGGUGCUAGUCCACAUGUAACAGCACGUAAUGGUUAUACACCAUUACAUAUAGCUGCCAAGAAAAAUGCACUUGAUAUUGCUGAAAUGUUAUUAGAAUAUAAUGCUAAUACAAAUGCUCAAUCAACGGGUGGUUUUACACCAUUACAUUUAAGCUGUCAAGAUGGUCAUUCUGAUAUGACUUAUCUUCUUUUAGCUAAUCAUGCUGAUCCAAACAUAGCAUCAAAAUGUCAUUUAACACCAUUACAUUUAUGUGCACAAGAAGAUCGAGUUAAAUGUGCUGAAGCAUUAGUCAAUAAAAAUGCUGACAUUAAUGCACAGACACUUAGUGGUUAUACAAGCUUACAUGUUGCUUGUCAUUUUGGUCAAAUCAAUAUGGUUCGUUAUUUACUUAAAGUUGGUGCCAAUGUUAAUAUUGAAACAAAUCUUUUGUUUACACCACUUCAUUCAGCUGCUCAACAAGGUCAUGUUAUGAUUGUUAAAUUAUUACUUGAAUAUGGUGCAUCUCCAAAUAAAACAAAUAAACAUGGAAUGACAGCUUUAUCAAUUGCUCAACGUCUUGGUUAUAUAUCUGUUGUUGAAGAACUUAAAGUUGUUACUGAAACAACAAUAGCUAGUAAACAUGAAUUAAUAACUGAAGAACGUUAUAAGAUUCAAGCACCAGAAGUUUCACAUGAAGAACAUCCAUUAACUGAUUCUGAAGAUGAAACAGCUGAAGAUAAUAUUGAAGUAAUUUAUCCGGAAAUUGGAUAUUUCGUAUCGACAAAUACUACUAACAAUGUUAAAGUACAUAAAAAAACGACUAAAGGUAGUCAUAAGUCUGUAUUUCCCUAUUUGCCUGUUAAAGAAUAUAUGCUUGGUGAUGCAAGUUCAAAUGUUCAUAUGCAAUAUUUACGUGAAGGUGUUUUAAUGACUGAAGCAGAAGAAAAUAAACUUAAUCAAACAUCAUUUAUUAAAGAAGAGACAGAAUAUCCAAUGUUAGCAGCAAAAGAUCAUUGGACUGAAAGUCGAGAUAAUUUACAUGAUCAACCAACACCAACAAUAGCACCACAAACAUUUGUUGCUGAUAAUGAAACUAUUACAAAACCACGUCAUGGAGGGGAUCGUUUUCAGUAUCGAUCGUUUUUGGUAAGCUUUUUGGUCGAUGCUCGUGGUGGUGCAAUGCGUGGUUGUCGACAUUCAGGUGUACGAGUUAUAAUUCCACCUAAACGUGCUAGUAUGCCAACGAGAAUAACAUGUCGAUUUGUUAAACGUGAGAAAUUAACGAUACCACCACCAUUAAAUGAAGGUGAAGCAUUAGCAGCACGUGUUUUGGAAGUUGGACCUGUUGCUUGUAAAUUUCUUGGAUCUGUUAUUCUUGAAAUCCCACAUUUUGCUUCAUUACGUAAUCGUGAACGUGAAAUUGUUGUUUUACGAAGUGACAAUGGUGAAAAAUGGACUGAACAUACAGGUCCAACAACAGAUGAAGCAGUACGUGAAGUACUUGGUGAUAUUGUUGAUUCUGAAGAUUUGGAUAAUGCUGAAGAACUUCAUUCACGUCGAAUAACACGUAUAGUAACAAAUGAUUUUCCUCGUUUUUUUGCAUUAAUAACACGUAUUCGUCAAGAAGCACAUUUUAUUGAUGAACAAGGUGGUUUAUUAAUAUCAUCAAUAAUACCAACUGUUCAAGCACAUAUACCAGAAAAAGCCUUACAAAAACGUAUUCGUAUAUCACUACAUGUUUUACCAAUAUCAUCUCAAUUAGUUCAACGUUCAUAUGGUUCACGUGUUAAUGUAAGUCCUGUUAUAACAGUUGAACCACGUCGUCGUAAAUUUCAUAAACCAAUAACAUUAACAAUUCCAUUACCAAAUAAAUCACCAACAACAAGAAAACAUUCUCAUCAACAACAACAUGCAAAUGCAUAUACAAGUGAUUCUCAAACAUUACGUUUAUUAUGUAGUAUAACUGGUGGUACACAUUCUGCUCAAUUUGAUGAUAUUACAGGACAUACACCAUUAACAUUUUCAAAUGAUUGUGCUACAUUUACAACAACAGUUUCAGCUCGAUUUUGGUUAAUCGAUGCUCAAGGUGUACCAGAUGUAUUAAAAUUAGCACAUGAAAUCUAUCGUGAAGCUAUAUCAGUUCCAUAUAUGUCACGUUUUAUUGUAUUUGCUAAACGACAUGAUAUUAAUGAAGCACUUGUUCGUUUAUUUUGUAUAACAGAUGAUAAAGAAAAUAAAACACUUGAAAUGCAAGAACAUUUUACUGAAAUUGCAAAAUCAAAAGAAGUUGAAGUUGUUAAUGGUAAUUCAAUAUAUAUUGAUUUACAAUCAAAUAAUUUACAAACAAUUAUUAAAACAAAUGAACAAUUAACAUUACUAUUUCGAGCAUUUAAAGAAAAUCGUUUACCAUGUGUUGUUCGUAUUCGUGAUCAAGAACAAGAACCAUCAGGACGUUUAAUUUUUUCAAAAGAUAAUGGUAAAUUAACAUCUAUACAACGAACAACAUCAAUUACAAUGACUAAUGGACAACCAUCAUCAUUAUCAUCAACAACAAUUAUUGAUCCACAAACAUUACAAACAAUUUGUAAUUUAAAUAUUAUUAUACCAGCUUAUGAUAAAGAUUUGCUUGAGAAUGAAGAACGUCUUCGAGCUUUACAUUCUAUUGAACGUGAUCGUCAUUCUGAAAGUUGGAAAUCGGACGAUAUGUAUCGAAAAGGUGAAAUACGUUUAACUGAUAUUGCACGAUUACUUGGAAGUGAUUGGCCAGCACUUGCUGCUGAACUUGAAUUAAGUGAAGAAGAAGUUACAAAAAUUAUGGAUGAAUUUGGAGAAAAUGCUUCAUUACAAAUGUUACGUUAUUGGCUUAAAUCACGAGGAAAUGAAGCAACAGGAAAUUGUCUUCAACAAGCCUUACGUAAAAUUGGAAAAGAAAAUAUUGUUCAUAAUUGUGUAUUUAAUAUUGAAUGGGUUACUGAUGCAGCAGAAAAAGAAUUAGCUAAAGCACGUCUCAAUAGUCGAGGUGGUAGUGUUGAUGGUACAGCAAUUAGUGGACGACGAUUAGAUGAAGGUUUUGAAAGUGAUGAUGAAUAUGAACGUCGUCGACUUGGAAAAUCUAAUUUCUUAACUGAUGAUACUAAUCGAAUACCAACAACAACAACAAUUAUAAAAACGAUAACAUUUGAAGAAAUAGGUGAAGAUGACUUAGGAGGAAAAAAAUCAAGCAAUGAAAAAAUAGUUUCACAAUUUAAACAAUUAGAACCACUUAAAAUGGUUAAACGUGAUCAUUCCAAAGAUUUUAUUCCUUCAUCAUCAUCAACAUCAAGUGCAGAUACAAUUGUUACUGUUGCCAUGAGAAAAAGUUUAGGUUCAUAA